AUGUCUCAAGACUCCUUGAUUCCCCUCACUGCCUUACUGUGUCUGGGUGAGCUGAAUGUGGGCACAGGCACCCCUCUGCAGGCAGGCAUCCUCCCCAGGCCUACCAUCUGGGCUGAUCCAGACUCUGUCAUCCCCCUGGGGAGUUCUCUGACCCUCUGGUGUCAGGGGACCCCAGGGGCCCAGAAGUAUUUUGUAUAUGUAUUAGGCUAUGAAGGUCAAUUGAAUGCAAAUAUGAUCCCUGUAUCUGGGGACAAAGCAAAGUACACCGUCACGAAGAUGGAUGAAGGUAGCGUGGGAAGGUUUGUAUGUCAGUACUGCAAAGCCUCAGGCUGCUCCAUGCAUAGUAAUGAGCUAAUGCUGAUGGUUACAGGUUUUCACAAGAGCUCACCAUCCCUCUCAGUCCUGCCAAGCUCAGUUGUGCCCCUGGGGCAGUAUGUGACCCUGAAGUGUGGCUCACCUGAGCAGUUCCAAGGAUUUAUUCUGAUUAGGGAGGGAAAACCUAAACUCACGUUGAGCCAGAAAUCACAUCAACACCCCAAUGGGCAGUUCCAGGCCCUGUUCCGUGUGGGCCCUAGGGAAGCCCCUGAUAAAUCUGGAAGACCCUCCCUGUUAAGUCCACAGGGCCGCAUUGUGACCCCAGGACAGAACCUGACCCUGCAGUGUCGCUCUCAGAUCGCCUAUGACACAUUUGCUCUGUCCAAGGAGGGCACUGCCGGGAGGCUCCUCCAGGACCCCAUUCACGACACACAGGCCAGGCUCUUUCAGGCAAACUUCACCUUGAGUCCUGUGAGUGUCUUCCUUGGGGGCCGAUACUACUGCUAUGGUGGACACAGUCUCACCACCCUGUGGUCAGAGCCCAGUGACCCAUUGGACAUCCUGGUGGCAGGAAGACUCCCGUACACUCCAGAGCUCUCAGUAAAGCCAGGUCACUUGGUAUCCCUAGGAACUAAUAUAACCAUGAUAUGUGUGACAAAUAAUUGGAUGGACACUUUUCUUCUGACCAAGGAGGGUUUAGCCAGCCCUCUGGCACAAGUAACAGUAGAUAAAAAAUAUGAGAUAACAGAGUACCUAUUUUUCUUCUACCCUGUGACCUUUGAGAGUAGUGGCUCCUACAGGUGCUACAGUGCACACAGUGACAACAUCUUCUCGCUGUCUUAUGCCAGUGCCCCUCUACAGCUCCAAGUAUCAGAUAUCAGCAUCUCUAUCAGUCGUAGCAACACAGGAUGGGGCCUUCACAUCACAGACAAGAUCAAUUCUCAGAAUAUCUGUGGGCUGCACAGAAAAGAGAACAGUUCCCCUUCCCGAGGGCUCUGA